UAAAUAACAGCACUGUGAACUGAGAAGACUGUUUCAUGACCUCAUUAUGUGAUUGGGCAGCAGUUCUCCCUGCUAGGAAACCCUCAUAGGAGGCCUUUUACCCGAAACAACUUACUCUGUCAGCAUUGCAGCCUACACUACUAAAGGGGAUGGAGCCCGGAGCAGGGACAAAGUGGUCACAACAAGUGGAGCAGUCCCAGGCAAGCCUACCAUGAUGAUCAGCACCACAGCCAUGAACACAGCUCUGAUCAAUUGGCAUCCACCUAAAGAAUUGGUUGGGGAGCUGCUGGGCUACCAGCUACAGUUCAAACAUGCUGAUGAGGAGAAGAUGAAAGUUAUGAACUUUGAGAAGAAUGUUGAUCACUUCACUGUGACUGAUCUUUACAAGGGUGCCACCUACAUCUUCAAGUUGGCUGCCAAGAAUAGGGUUGGUCUUGGGGAGGAGCUUGAGAAGGAAAUCACUACUGCAGAGGAGGUGCCAAAUGGCUUCCCUCAGAACCUGCGUGUGGUAGGCCUCACCACUUCUACCACUAAAGUGACCUGGAACCCUCCACUUCUGGCUGAAAGGAAUGGAAAAAUUACCAACUACACAGUAGUGUACCGAGACAUUAACAGCCAGCAGAACCUGACCAAUGUAACAAAGGAAACAAGCAUCACUCUGACCAACCUUAAACCUGACACAACCUAUGAUAUCAAAGUUAGAGCCCAUGCUAGCAAGGGAGCUGGGCCUCUCAGCCCCAGCAUUCAGUCUAGAACGAUGCCAAUGGAACAAGUGUUUGCAAAGAACUUUCGUGUCAGUGCUGUGAUGAAAACUUCAGUUCUGCUUAGCUGGGAGGUUCCAGACUCUUACAAAUCUGAAGUUCCUUUCAAGAUUCUGUACAAUGGCCAGACAGUGGAGGUGGAUGGCCACUCCAUGAAGAAGCUGAUUAAUGACCUGCAGCCAGACACAAAUUAUUCCUUUGCACUCACAAACCGGGGAAGUAGUGCAGGAGCAUUACAGCACCGGGUCUUCAUCCGAACAGCACCUGAUGUCCUCCAGAGCAAGCCCAUUUCCACAUACAAAUAUAUCCAUAAUGGACGGUUCACCCUCACUCUCCCCAAAGUGCAGACCUCUGUGCCAGUCAGGUGGUACUACAUUGUGGUUCUGCCAAUAGACCGCACAAGCAACAUACUUGCCUCCAGGUUGAAGAGCCCAGAUGAGAUGGAACUGGACCAGGUUCUGUUGUAUAACUUCUCUGCAAAACAAGAUGUAGAAACUGAAGCUUAG